UCUUUUACAGAGACGCGACGGAUACAAUGGAGCUUUGGUUCGAUCGGCAGUGUUGGGAGUGCCUAAAUUCUGGGAUGGUACAACUGUGAUUGAGAAUGCAGCAGAAAGUUGCCGUGCCUGUGUCGAUCGGCCUGAUCCCCGGUGCAUGAUCACUUGCGUGAUUCUAUCAACGUUGGUGGCUCGGUACGUUCUACGUGGCUUUUCGGAGGGACGUUGGAGGGGUUCCGAAGAGAAGGGGAAGCUGGCGGAAUAGCUGAGAGAGAGAGAAAGAGAGAGCAAAGAGUUAGCGCGCGGCACGCGAGGGAGUCAGGGUAAGUAGCUUAUAUAAAUCAUUUGUUAGGAUACUCCGCGCACAAGAUCUUGAGAUCAAGCAAAAAGCUAUGAACGAUGACACUCCGCUCCCAUCACCGAGUCUUCAUCCACCGCCUGCACACGUUGCUGCUGGCGGCCUUGCCCAGCCAGCAACGGACCAUUAUAUUGACACCCUCACCACGGAUGAGCACAUCAUGUCGCUCGUCCAUGCUGUUAUCGACAUCAACAAGCACCUCCUGAUCGAGCCAACACAAGAUCGUCUGUUUCGACUGUUUGAAGCCGACCAGGAGCGCGCACACACUUACUACACGCAGUUACUAGACUAUUGUUAUCACGCACCUGCCAAUAUCGAAGCGCUGAAUCUCGAUCAGCUCGACGAUAUGACGUUCAAGUGUCUCGGUACAAGCAUCUAUGCCUUCACUCGCCAGAUCCCAACUGAGAGCGAAGCCGAAACAGCGUCUGCGUUCAAGAAGAUUUUGAUGGAUGUUGUGAUGCAGGGUGGCGACGCAGGUACUAAUGCAGCAGUUGCUGGCGCUUUGCUCGGUGUGCGUAUCGGAUAUGAUCAAUUGCCAAGUGAUUGGGUUAUUGGUUUGAAGCGUUGGGAAUGGCUCGAAGACCGUGUUGAAGAGUUUUGCCACCUUCUUUGAAUAAGCCGUCAUCAAUUUCUUCAAACGCACUCGCACUUUUUCUUCCUUACUCGCCCACAUAGUCUCUAAUAUCUCUCUCUCUCCUUCUCUCUC